UCGGUUUCUGUACACGGCAACAAAGAUGGCGUCGUCAGAUAUGUCAUUUUGGAUUGGAUUCUUCAAAGAAGCAGGAAUACCUGCUGGUGAAGCUGCCAACUAUGCUGUGACAUUUACAGACAACCGCAUCACCCGUUCUAUGUUAAUGGAUCUCACAAAGGAAUACUUGAAUGAUAUGGGCCUCUCCAUUCUUGGAGACGUCAUUGCUGUUCUGAAGCAUGCAAAAACAGUUUUCAAUCAGGAUGUUCGAGACAGGGUGUUAAGAGACACAUCUGCACAGCAGGAAACCCCAACCCUGAAACGAUCAACACCCGCCAGUCGCACUAUUGGUCACUAUCUGAGUGGUUCAGACCGCAGUGCCUCACCCCAGCUGGUCAGUUCCAUCCCCAAACUCUCGAAGGAGAUGUCUGCCCGGCUAGGCAGUCCCAUCACAACAGCAGCCCCAGCUGCCAGUCCAAGUAUCAUGGUUCCCCGGGUUAAAAAAAUGACCGUUCAAGCACCGACAGCCCAGCCCCUAAAGGAGGAGGUGCCUGUACAGAAGAAGAAGAAAGUGUUCCCGGAGGAUGAAGGCCAUUAUACCAUCAACCUGCCUCAGGGCUCUACAGAUCGAACCAAGAAGAUAUUGGCCCAGCACAGGCAGCAGGCGGAGCUGCAGCGAAUACGAGCUGAAGAAGGUAGUGUGCCUGACUGCAUGACUAUAGAGAAGAAGCGAGUGGCUGCCAAAAAGCAUUCAGUGUUUCAUCGGCUGGGGAGUGAGAAGAAAACAACCAGUCCGGAUAUUAGUGAUUCCUCACCCACUGUGACAAUUACUGGGCUUGACAGUAUUAACAUGCCCAGUACUUCAAUGGGCAACCAGACCAUCUUUUCUCGGCUUGGAGGCAAGACAACGGUUAAACGUGCAGCAACGUCAACAGUCUCUCUUGAUGAUGAUGAUAGUGAUGACAGGGAUGAUGAUGCUGUCGUUGCUGGUCCAAUUCUUGAAUAUGCAGGCGUUCUGAAAGCAUCACCAUCUAAAAAGGCCAAAAUUGUGACAGCGAAGAAAAUUAUGAAAUCUGCUCAGAAAACUUUAGCCAGGGCUAAGUCAGUAGAGCACAAAACUGAAGGUAUGUUAGCCCAGGACCAACCAGGAGGUUCCAGUAUAAAGGCCCGCCUGGGAAAAAUAGGGACAGAAGUGUCUAGCACUACACAGGCACAGACCCGCCAGCCGGACAUAUCAGUUGCCCCGACAAAGAAAGCCAUGUCAUCACUCAGCAGCUCUCAGCUCGAGAAGAUCACCAUUACCGUGGCAACAACCCCAAGGGUCAAGGUCUCAUCCAGUACUGUUCAACAAGGAAUCACAGGGUCAAAGGUCAAGGCCAGCCCCCUUACCGGAAAGGGUUUACAGGAGGGGAACAAAACACGCUCAGUUCCAGUAACCAGCACCUCCAGUAAUAGUAAACCCAGUGGCGUGUUUUCAAGACUGGGAAAACCAAAGUCGUGAAAGUUUGGAGUGAACGUUGCAUGGGUAAAAAAUUUGUCCAAAUAGUAUAUGGCUUUGUGAUAGGGAUGUGGUAUUAUUGGAUGUAGUGACUAUAUCAUGGGGAUAGCUCUCCAUAAUCCAUGUAUUUAAGGAGACAAUUGAGAUCUGAGCUGGGAUAGAGAACUAGAGAGAUAGCAACAUUGUCUGUGAACAGCACCUCCAGUAAUAGUGGCUGUGUGGCGUGUUUUUAAGACUGGGAAAACCUAAGUCAUGAAAGUUUUUGUGAUUGGGUUAUGAAUAUAAACCUUAUGAUUGUAUUGUUCAAUGGCAGAAUUGUAUUCUUAAAAAAAUUACAUACAUAUAUAUUACGUUCACCUAGUUGAGAUGUGUCAUUUUCUAAUUUUCCAUGUGGUGUAUUAAUACCCGUGUUCUGCUUAAUAUCACAGCUUAAAUUGAACCUAAUGAAAAUCAUGCCAAAAAAAUAUAAUUGUGUCUAAUAAAUCAGUUCGGUUGAAAAAAAAUUAAGGUGUUUUUUUCCUGAGUCCUGAAUUUUAAUCCUACGCAACUGUAUAUUAAUUAAAUAAUGCUGUGUAACUUAAAACUCAGCUUACGGUAGCCUCUUUAGAGCUGUCUUAAUUUGAAGUUGUGUACAUGUACUUUGCUAAGUUCUGUAUUAAAAUCAUUUGCAGCAGAAUUCAGGCAUACCUGCUCAGUGUGUGAUUAAGAAAUAUUAGCUCACUAAAGAAAAACUACAGUCCUGAAAUGAUCCUAGGGUUUAUGUAAAGAGUUAUGGUGCUGCUCUCCUGUUUUGUUAUAACCCUUUUGGCCUCAUGAAGACCAGCAUGUGCAUCUUGCUGUCUUUCAUAGAAUUAAAUGCUUAAGAAACAAAACAAACUUUACAUAUUUGGCAGUUAAAACCUAAUAUUGCUACAAUCAAACAGUAUUCCUAAAGUUUUCAGUCAAAAUCAUGAAGUCCUAUUGCUUCUGCUGGAAGGCAUUUCAGUUCAUUACUGAGACGCAUAUUCACUUAUAUAUGGAGUCUUAAGUUUGAUAUUCAGACAUAUUUUUUAUGGGCAAUUCUUUAAAUGUAUCAAAAAUCAUUUUUUAUCAUGGUUUUUAGUUUGAAGAUAUAUAUAUGAUUGUGAAACCUGCCGUUUGUUACAUAUACAGCAUUCUUCAACCUAGCUGCUUCCUAAAUAGCAAUUUUACAAUAAGAUGAAGAGUCUCCAUCUAAAACUCAGACUCGUGAUGUUAAUGAAUAUGACCCCUGAUCAAGCAAGAGAAACAGAUUAGUUUUAACAAUCCCUUGUGGUGCCCUUGUUAACAGCAGGCUUAUAUUAGGCAAAAGGUUGUUUUUGUGUCUUGUGAUAAGUUUUGAAUUGUAUGUACAUUGCAUUAAUAUGUUCAGUUUGUAUAUUUUGUGUAAUCAUUUUUAUAUAAAACAUGAUACAAAUUUUGAUGCAGAUACUUUGAUUACAGAAUGUAUUUCUAUUGUUGUAGUCGCUAUAAUUUCUCCACAAUGAGAGUAAUGUAUAUGAAUGAUAUUUAUGUAUAACACAUCUUUUAAAUGUAUUGGGAUAUUUAUUUGAUGUACUGUAAUAUUAGACUUCUUUGUUAAAUUUUACAAUUUUUUGUCAAUUCUAUUUUUCACAUUGAAAAGAUAAGUAAAGUUGUGAAUAUAUGGAAAAAAUGAUUAUGCACAAAGGAUAUAUUAGUAAAACAUGAUAAGUGAAGGAUGGGUUUUCAUGUUAAACUUUCCUUUCCAGCCAUAUUCAUCUGUCAUGAGUAUUCAUGUCCUGAAAUACUUCAAUACUAAAUGUUUGUUGUGAUAACUUUGUCAACAUUAUGUCUCAGUUGAAGAUCAUGAUCAUUAUUAAACUGUAAAGGGCAUUAUAUGAUGAACUAUGUGCUACUGAGAGUGGACAGUGUUGAAAUUGAAUGAGAAAAUAGAACAAAAUGUUCUAAACCUAGCCUAGAAGGUUAAAUGUUAUGGUUGGUAUACAAUAUACUGUCAGGCUUCACAAUAACAUGAUUGCCUCAAACCCAGGACAAGCAAAAUUGCCAGAGGGCAAGUCAUGUAUUCAUUUAGUAUGCCGGAAUUGGCGAGUGAAAUGAUCAGCAAUAUUCCUGCCAACUUCAUUGCAAUUAUUAUUGAUAUAGUUUUUAUAGUGAAAACAAAACAAAAUGCAUAUAGAUAACUGCAUAAAAAUACUAUCAUGAAAGUUUCUAUGUACUGUGUUGUAUGUAUUAAAGUGAUGGACUGACUGUAUUGUCCCAUCAAUCUGAAACAGUAUACAUUGAACUUUCAAUUUGGUUCUUUCAGAAACUCUGGGUUGAAUAAAAAAACACUUUGUUUGGCAGUAUUACAUGGUUUUAUGGUGACUGAUGCUUUGUAUUUUUUGAUGAUGCUUUGUAUUAUUUUUAGUUCUAUUUAGUAGAAAAAAUUAUAAACAUAUUCAAUAGUUUAUUUUGAAUAAAAAUGUUAA